GGUGAACGUCUUUGCUCCAGCAACGACGCUGUCCAUUGGUCUUUCUACAAAAUGAACAGAAAAUUUUUGUAUGCUGCUGCUUUGUUGGCAUUUUUAUUACUCCUACAACAGCCUACAGAAUCAAAGAAGGUGAUCGUUCAUGUACCUUACCGAGUGAAGAAUUUGAAACACACCCACACCAUAUAUGUAGUUAUACCACAUUAUGAUGAGAAGGAGGAGGACUCUAAAGAAGAUGAAAAAUUAGAAGAUUAAUAAUGAUAUUGUGCCUGUUUAGUAUAAUGUAUAGUAGAAAUGUAAAUAUAAGCUGAAAGAAUAGAUGUUUAAA